AUGACUAUUCGCAUACCUCAAAUCCAUAAGGUCAGCAGAUUUGACUUGGGAACACUCGCCAUGCCUUUUCUUCACCAAGUUUUUGGCUUGCUCAAUCCUUUCUCGUGGUUGUCUCGUAGAAUGCCAAGAGAUGAAAUUGUUGAACGUGAAAUUGAAGUUCAGGAAGAUGACAUGCCAGAAUUUGAAACUGCACCGAAAGUUUGUGGUAAAUUGGAAGCAGACUCUCAACAACUCUGCCAAAACAGUUCAAAACUGAAUGAUUUGGAAUGUGGUAUGGGUGGAGAUACACUUUCGGAAAAAGUGACAGAUGCUGUUAUGAGUGCUCCUUGUAACGGCGAAAAUGAUAAUUUUCUUGCUCUGGAAGAGUGCUGUCCGAGUGUAGGUCUAGAAACGAAUGUGAAAGUUCCUUCACUACAUCGCAACUUGGUGGAGGAGCACGACAGUGCCAGCUAUCCAGCUGGAGCAGAGGUCGACCAGCCGUGUUCAUCCAUCCCACUUCGUCAUGGAGCCACAGUUCAGGAAUCAUCGAGUGCUACAGAGCGAAAUCAGAAAGGAACUUCCAGUAGUGACACUCUGCAUGUAUCGCAGCUGAAGGUAUUGGCAACCGACACUGCUUCCGUCGACACUGUUUUGGAUAAGAAAACGCUGGAAACAAAAGUCAAUCCACUAAUGAAACCACCGACGAAUAUUGCAACAGUUAUCGGCGAUAUUCAGAAAUUUCAAAGCGGAAAAGGUGAUGCAUCCCCAGCGAAACGAACAGCGCAAGGAGAGCUAGGACCAAGAGGAGGUGGCGAUGUGUUUGUAAUGGAAGCCGAGCAACCUAUUGGAGCGUUCGGCACCGUGAAUAUCCCUUGCACGAUGUCAGCAAAAAAACGGAAAGCUACUGGGGGUCCUUUCGAUGAUGGAAGCGUCUGCAUUGUUUAUGAAAAUCUAACUGCAAAGCAUUUGAAACGACCAAAGCAGAUGAAACGAUCUGCGGUGGACGCUACAGCUGUGAAGGCCUCUCUGUCGUCAGAGGCGUACAACCGUGAUAGCUAUGCAGCCGCUGCGCCGACGCCCGCGAAUUCCCCGUUCACAGGACACUCGGCGCGCGCGAAACAAACGAAAACCGACAAAGUGGAGAAGGCUUCGUCUUGA